UGUCCCGGAAAGCCGGCCUCCUGCCGCAAGAUGCCCCAGCUCGGACUCCUGCACAGGAGGGCCUGGGCUGCGUUUCUUGGCCAGCUCCGGCGGCCGCCCCGUCCAGUCUGCAUCCGGACGGUUCAUUCUCAUAGCCAGGUUGCAGAGGCAGUGUUAACAUCCCAACUGAAACCACGUCAGGAGAAAUCGAAUUUUAUUAUCAAGACCCCGAAGGGCACCAGAGAUCUUAGUCCCCAGCAGAUGGUUGUGAGGGAGAAAAUUCUUGAUAUGGUUGUGAGCUGCUUUAAACGUCAUGGAGCAAAAGGUUUGGAUACCCCAGCAUUUGAGCUAAAGGAAAUGCUCACUGAGAAGUAUGGAGAGGACUCUGGGCUCAUUUAUGAUCUAAAGGAUCAGGGUGGAGAGCUAUUGUCCCUGCGCUAUGACCUUACUGUCCCUUUUGCUCGUUAUCUGGCCAUGAACAAACUGAGGAAGAUGAAACGCUACCAUGUUGGAAAGGUGUGGCGGCGGGAGAGCCCAACCAUUGUCCAAGGCCGCUAUAGGGAGUUCUGCCAGUGUGAUUUUGACAUUGCUGGUCAAUUUGACCCUAUGAUCCCUGAUGCAGAGUGUUUGAAGAUCAUCUGUGAAAUCCUAAGUGGGUUGCAGCUAGGGGACUUCCUCAUCAAGGUCAAUGACCGGCGGAUUUUGGAUGGGCUAUUUGCUGUCUGUGGUGUUCCUGAAAGCAAGUUCCAUGGCAUCUGCUCCUCGAUAGACAAACUAGACAAGAUUUCUUGGAAAGAUGUGAGACAUGAGAUGGUGGCAAAGAAAGGCCUGGCUCCUGAAGUGGCUGAUCAAAUUGGGGACUAUGUCCAAUGUCAUGGUGGGGUGUCCUUGGUAGAGCAAAUGUUGCAAGAUCCCAGACUUUCUCAGAACAAACAGGCCCUAGAAGGUCUGGGGGACCUGAAGCUGCUCUUUGAAUACCUGACUUUAUUUGGAAUUGCCGAGAAGAUCUCCUUUGAUCUAAGCCUGGCUCGGGGUCUGGAUUAUUAUACAGGAGUGAUCUAUGAAGCAGUGCUGCUACAGACCCCAGCACAGGCUGAGGAGGAGCCCUUGAAUGUGGGCAGUGUGGCUGCUGGUGGGCGCUACGAUGGGCUAGUGGGCAUGUUUGACCCCAGUGGCCACAAGGUGCCAUGUGUGGGGCUCAGCAUUGGGGUGGAGCGAAUCUUCUCCAUUGUGGAGCAGAGAAUGAAGGCGUUUGGUGAAAAGAUACGGACCACAGAGACCCAAGUGUUUGUGGCCACUCCACAGAAGAACUUUCUCCAAGAACGGUUGAAGCUAAUUGCAGAGCUUUGGGAUGCUGGGAUCAAGGCAGAGCUGCUAUAUAAGAACAACCCUAAACUACUAACCCAACUGCACUACUGUGAGAACAUGGGCAUUCCACUGGUGGUCAUUAUUGGUGAGCAAGAACUGAUGGAAGGGGUCAUCACACUCCGUACAGUGGCCAGCAGGGAGGAGGUGGCCAUUAAACGGGAAAAUCUUGUGGCUGAAAUUCAGAAGCGACUAUCCGAGUCUUAAUUCUUGCCUGAUUGCUGUCUGCUGCUCUUUGUAGAAAAUGUUUCAUCCAGGACUGACUUCCUGAUGGACUUCACAACUGCUGGCCAGGAUGGGUGACAAGUGCCUCUGCCUCCUCCAUCCUUCCUGGGUACAGAACUCUAGAAGGCCCUGAGGACUCCUGGGCCAUUGUGAGCAGCUCUUCUGCUUGGGCGCAGAUGGCUAGUAUGUGAAAGAGACAUGCUGUAAUGGCAGAGUCAGAUGGCAGAUUUGAAGUGCCAUUGAAUGCUGCCAAGAAGUGAUGAGAUGUUUGCCGUGAGCAAGGCUCUGGGAAAGACGCCUCAGGCUGAAAGGAUUCUGAACCACUGAGAUCAGAAGUCAGAUACUUAACCUUUCACUGUACUGUGGCUUCUGAACUAGAUUCUGGGGAAUUUGUCCACAACCUGCUGUUGGCCUGUCUGAGUUUUUGGGAGACAGCAAGCAGGGACAAUGGCUGCUUUCUGUUUUUUAUGAGGACAGAGGUGCUAUCCCAAGGGCAUAGCAGUACCCAUAUUGAUGUGGCAUCUCUCUAGCCCAUCCACAGUUAACAACAGCAGGGUGAGGCUGCCUGUUUAAUAAUCUUGAAUGUUGAACUUAAUAGGUGACCUGACCGGAUGUUCUGAUCUUUUGACAUUUUGGAGACUGUUUCUUGUGACAGAAUCACUGUUCUGACUAUUCCAUGUCCUGCCAUGGAGGUGACUGCUCUAGAAGUGGUUGGAUAAAUAAAUAAAAUAUUUAAAGUG